UCCCGCCUAGAAAGCACCAAAAAACUCUCUUUAGAAAACCACCAAUAUGUUCAAGAUUGCCCUCUGUUUGUUGGCCCUGGCCAGUGGCUCUCUGGCCGCCAGUAUUGGCCAGGUUGACAGCACCACCGAGAAGAGGGAGAUUAUUCCCGUGCUGAAGUUCGAGACGGACAAGCAGCCCGAUGGCUCCUUCCACUUCAUGUACGAGGGCGGUGACCAGUCCUUCCGCCAGGAGCAGGGCGUCGUCGAGAAUGCCGGCACCGAGGAUGAGGCCCUGGAGGUUUCUGGAUCCUACAGAUACGUCGAUGCCGAUGGCAACACCGUGGAGGUUCACUACACUGCCGGCAAGAACGGUUUUGUGCCCAUUGGCACGAUCAUCCCCAAGGAAAUCACCGAGUUGGCCAAGUCUGCUGCCGAUCUGCCCAAGUAUUCCGAGGAGGAGGAGCUGAAGUACCGCAAGGCCCGUUCCCAGGAACUGGAGAAGAAGUCAGUUGCUGUGGAGAAGGAAAUCGCUGCUGCGGUCGAGAAGAAGGUGGAGGAGGAGGCUGUGGUGGCCAAGGCAUCCGAGGUGGUGGAGAAAACCGAGCCCCUGACCGCCGAAUCCCAGGUGGUGCCCGUCCAGGUGGUGCUCGAUGCCGUGCCAGAAGCCGAGGUCAAGACCGCCGAGAAGGUCGAAAAGGUGGAGACCGCCAAGACUGCCUAAGCUUUCCUUUAGACUCUAGACUACCCAAGUAUUGUUUAAUUUAAAACCAAGUGCGAUCUAAUUUAACUGGCUAGCAAUAAUAAAACGAUUCCCUAU